UAGUAGCCAUCUUAGUAAUUCUCUUAUGCUCGCUAUUGGCCUUUAAUUCUUACUUUAUUGAGCCUUUAGGUGUAGGCAGCGAUAGUGAUGGUCAUGCGAUCUUAGAUCGCAUGCUGUUGGUGAUGCUUUCAGCAUCAACAUCAUCAACUCAUCUGACAUUAGACUUCUUUUAUAGCCUAGCUCUAUUUCUUAGAAGGCCGGCGUCCCGGGAUACUCCGCGAGCUCUGGCUCCUGGUCUACCCCGUAGACCUACAGUUAGAUAUAGAGCACCUUUAGCUCAAACGGAUAGAGCUACGGUCUUCGAAACCGAGGGUUAUUGGUUCGAGUCCAAUAGGAGGCCAUUUUCGAGAGGAGGAACUUUCAGGGAGGCUGAUUUAGGGAAAUCUUUAACAUUCUCUGUGAGCCCCUCGAUAGCAGGAGAAAUCCCUGCGGAUAGGCUCGUAUCGGGCCGUGAUGGGAUGUACGGCUGGUUGAACUCACCGAAAGGGACGGUAGAAGGGAGCACAGCAGAUGGUGUAGAAGAAGCAGCGGAAGAGAAUCGUCUCACACCCCCGGUAGAAAAGGC